AUGUUCGUUGGAUGUUUCAAAAUCAUUCUUCCUCUUUCAGUGAAUGAAAAAAAGAAGGCCGAAAUCGCAAUCCUGGGUUGCGGACACGGGCAUUGGUUUAUUCGCGUCAGGCGAGUGUCCAAAAAGGAGCGGGCUCAUUUGCUGUGGAGACUUUCAGGUACUUUUUUUAACUUCGGUUCUUCAUGCUAUUCAAAAACAAGAUAAAAAAACUUUUUUUCAGCCAUUUUUGGUGGAUAUGGUGAUCGGACACCAUCGGUUGGCCAUAUGGCCUACAGAAAAGUGAGUUUUACUGGAAAAAAUAUUCUAAUUGGUAUAGGAAAAAGAAAUGAAGAGAUUUUUGUGUUUGACUGUCGUCGUUUCCGACCGUUUUUCUUUCUGUAUGUGGUCGGAAUGGCGGUAUACUUUUUAUAAAGGAUUUGUGAAGGUGCUCCCAUCACAAAAAGACACUUAGUCGAAUUGGAUAAAAAUUGGCGAUCCUCGGAUAUCAAAGGAAACUGCUGCUCGAACUUUUUGCGGUACUGUAUAAAUAAAACAUAUAAAAAGUUUUAUUUCUGAUAAAAAAUUUUUUAUUGCACGUUUUUAGUAAAACUUCAUUUUGUUGACAAACUAAAAACCCGCCGAACGCUCUGUUUGAAACAAUACUUUCGAUGAGCGCGGGUACCAAUUUCUCUCCACAUUUUCUCGGCAUUCUACGUAGUAAAUAAAAUUUUUUCCGUGUCCAACGGCUCCGACGGUUCGAACGGCUCGGACGCCUCCAACAUCUCUAACGACUCCGAUGUCUGCGAUGUCUCCAACGACUUCAACGGCUCCAACGACUCUACCGGUGAAAGCGGCUCGAACGCCUCUACCGGUAAAAACGGCUCGGACGCCUCCAACAUCUCCAACGGCUCCGAUGUCUCCAACGACUCUAUCGGUAUAAACGGCUUCGACGACUCCAACAGCUCCAAGGUAUCCGUCGGCUCCAACGGCUCCAACUUGUCGCUUACUUUAUUACUUUCAAUUGCCAGUUUUUUUGCUUGACUACGUUUGAAUUCGGCCAAUAUCAAAAAAAAUUAUUGAUUGAAAAAAAUAAGAAAAAAAUUACCUUCUACUGUAUUUUUACUUGCAACUUUUUUUCACGUUGACGUCCGAAAUUCUUGGCGUCAGUUACAGACUAUCAAAAAACUAUUCACUUUUUUCAGAAUUGGUUCGAAAAUGGCGCCAGAGGUCAAACGUUCCGUGCAAACAUCGUCGUUCACCGAAAUGGUACGAAAAUUAAAUAAUUGAAAGUUCAUCCACUGCUUUCUAAGUUAUUUGGAAAGAUUUUUUCCUUUGCAGUGGUGUUUUACACAGAAAAAGAUAAGUAUCGAGUUUUGACUUCUACUCAAAAAACUGUACAGUUUUUGGUUAACCAGAUUGAAAAGUGAGAGGACCUUUUAUUUUAAGAGAGUGAAGGCAGGAUAAAAGCUAGAAUUGCCUGAGAGAAAAGGGAUGUUCGGAGCUUGUCGACUUCUGUUGCGGUGAGAUUGCUGACGUUGGGGCGGAUCUCGUCCCCGGGCUCUUCGUCCGCCUCUCCUGUAGAUCCAGAAGUUGGUUUGGCCGUUAUCGUUAGGGUGUCUGACAAUAGGUCGUGUUAAUAGGCUCGACGCAGGAUUUUGUUUCCGAACUGCGCGAGCGAUCCGUCGUAUCUGUAAUUCUUUUUCGCUUCGAAUGGUUACUUAAUAGGCCCCGGGAUUCUCGUCUGGUGCGUCGAACGCGCUCUGUACUUAUUGCUCAUUUUCAAGAUUUUUUCAUAUAUAUUUUUGAUACACACUCUAAUUUUUUAAAAAAAGAAUGUUGCUUUUUAUCAAAAAAAUACUUUCAAUUUACCGCAAAACUUCGCGAAUUUCUAUUUUUUUCGGAACUGCUAAAAAAAUAACUAAAAAGAUGGACCUUUUUUUCUUCUUGAGAUUUCUUAGCACUCUCAUAUCCAGAUAGCGCAUAUAUAGUAUCAGAAUGCACACAAUUGGUUUUGAAAGAGCAGAGUUUACCUCGGUAUGCUUUUUAUUAAUUGACCACUUGAAAACUCUAACUGAUCUUGAAUUGUUCGGUCAGCUAUUUCCGUGCAUACGCCGAGUGACCGAUAGGAAAAGAUUAGCACUAGAAAUUGUUUUUCUCCAAGUCUUUGAUUGAUUUAUAUCUGCACAAAAAAUUGUUGAUUAUAGCGGUCGUGAAAUAGUAAAGUUGGUAAUUAGACCAUGCCCCUUUCAAUAAGUCGGGCCUUUUGGUAAUGAGAAUCACUGGACUCUUGAAUUUAUCUGGAAAAUAUCAACUUUUGCUUUUGAUAUUGCAUGCGUACUCUCUCGUCUGUCUGCUUGUCUGCGCACAUUCUCCCUCGCUCACGCGACUUCUUCAUUCGCGAAGUCUGCGCUCGCAUGGAGCGGUUGCUCCUGAACUCGUACAGUUUUCCACAAAUUUCUCGGCGACGUGAGUUUUCCUUCCAAACUGGAUUUUCAGUUCUUUCAUCAUAAAAUGUAUUUCGCUUUGAAAGACGAUAUUUCCGGUUUGAAAAAUAAUAAAAGUAAAUACUAUUUUUCAGUCAUCUUCGUGGGGAUGGUUAUCAACCGCCGAACAAGCGUCUCCUAAGCAAACAAGAAAGUGAGUUUCGCAAAAAGUUACGUUCAUUGGAUGAAAAAAACGAAAUGAGAACUUACUAUUUAAAAAAAUGAGAGAAAAAACCUGAACGUGGAAAAAAUUAAGUGGUGUUUUCAGAAAUGCUGGAUGAGAUGGUGAUGAGCCACCAACAAAGGUGCCAAGCAGGAAAAAAUUGGUACAAGGAAGGCAAAAGGCUCACCGGGGCUUCAGAAAUUGAACUGUGAGUUACAUUUCAAUCACUUCUCGACUUUACGAAAAAAAUGACUAAUUCAAACCUAAUUAAUUGAAAUCAAACAUUUUUUUCUUUCAGCCAUCUUGAACGGGAGAGUGUUGUUCGGCAUGUGGACACAAAAACAAGAGGUUUUUGUUCCUUUCGCGGAAGGAUGGUUCACGCCGUUUCCUGUUCCCCCAGAAGGCAAGUCCAAUUUAUAUGGCAACAUACGUUAUAAAUUUAUGUGAUUUUUCAGUCGAAAAAAACCUAUGCUGAUCAGUUGCAUUAGAAAAUAUAGAUUCGAGAGAAACAAAUUUUUGUAUUUUACAAUUUUUUAUCUGUCGUUUCAGUUUUUUUAUUGUUUCAGUGCAUCAAUCCUUAGAAAAGAAAAUGAAAAAAAGUUUAAAAGUGUACGAAAGAGAAUCCUAUAACUUCGAUUGAAAAAAAUAAAUUUUUGUUACAUUACGGACGGAAUAGUUACAGAAAAAAAUGAAUAAAAAAAGUGAAUAUUUUUUUCAGGGAUCUUCGUAGGGGUGGUAAUCAGCCGCCAGUCAGAACAAAAAAAAAACGCGGUGCUGGGUUGUGGCCACGGCUUUUCUGACGCGAUUUAUUUGCGUCUGGCGGCUAUCGCCGGUCGCACCGUCAUAACAACGAAAAAACUGUGAGUUAAAAAUUUAAAUGCUUGAAAAUUUGAACAUUACUUAUUCACAAAACGACAAGUAGUCUGGUUUUUAGGGUUUCCUUUAUUAGUAGUAUCAUCAUUACAGUGCGGCCACUGCAGGAAUCUCGGUAUGCCUGACUGGAAGACGCACAACCGGUUCCACUGCAAGAGGCUGCAGGACCUGGCCCCCUGCAAAACUUGCGGGGCCAGCAAUCAAAACAAUCACACGGCGUCGUGAGUUUUCCAGUCCAUUGGAUGUAUUAAUGUUUUGCGGCGACUAUCAUUAUUUUUAUUUUUAUUUCAGUUUUCUAGAUCAAAGAAAUAACGAUACAUUUCGGUUUUCAGGCAGAAAUGUAUUCAAAAACUCACUGAUUUAUUUUCAGCGAUGUUGGUCGGGGUGGUGAUGAGCCACCAAUAAAAACGACGAAAUGUUGUUUAUCAACACGAAAGGAAGGGACACAAUCAAACGGCAUCAGUAAAGGUUUGUGCUUUCUUGAAAGUUCUCUGCAAGAAUUAGAGCUUUCUCAUAAAGUAAGAACACUUUACUCAUUUGGAAUUAUAAAAUUUAUGAGCUAGACUCCUAAAAUUUUCAUUAGGGAGUUCAUUUUCGUUCCACUCCGAAAAUGAAAUAAAAAAAUGAGCAGAGGGGAAUUUUUUGCAGAGAUGUUCGUUGGAUGUUUCAAAAUCAUUCUUCCUCUUUCAGUGAAUGAAAAAAAGAAGGCCGAAAUCGCAAUCCUGGGUUGCGGACACGGGCAUUGGUUUAUUCGCGUCAGGCGAGUGUCCAAAAGGAGCGGGCUCAUUUGCUGUGGAGACUUUCAGGUACUUUUUUUUAACUUCGGUUCUUCAUGCUAUUCAAAAAAAAAACAAGAUAAAAACUUUUUUUCAGCCAUUUUGGUGGAUAUGGUGAUCGGACACCAUCGGUUGGCCAUAUGGCCUACAGAAAAGUGAGUUUUUACUGGAAAAAAAUAUUCUAAUUGGUAUAGGAAAAAAAGAAAUGAAGAGAUUUUUUUGUGUUUGACUGUCGUCGUUUCCGACCGUUUUUUUCUUUCUGUAUGUGGUCGGAAUGGCGGUAUACUUUUUAUAAAGGAUUUGUGAAGGUGCUCCCAUCACAAAAAAAGACACUUAGUCGAAUUGGAUAAAAAAAUUGGCGAUCCUCGGAUAUCAAAGGAAACUGCUGCUCGAACUUUUUUUGCGGUACUGUAUAAAUAAAACAUAUAAAAAAAGUUUUUAUUUCUGAUAAAAAAUUUUUUAUUGCACGUUUUUAGUAAAACUUCAUUUUGUUGACAAACUAAAAACCCGCCGAACGCUCUGUUUGAAACAAUACUUUCGAUGAGCGCGGGUACAAACUUCUCUCCACAUUUUCUCGGCAUUCUACGUAGUAAAUAAAAUUUUUUUCGUGUCCAACGGCUCCGACGGUUCGAACGGCUCGGACGCCUCCAACAUCUCUAACGACUCCGAUGUCUGCGAUGUCUCCAACGACUUCAACGGCUCCAACGACUCUACCGGUGAAAGCGGCUCGAACGCCUCUACCGGUAAAAACGGCUCGGACGCCUCCAACAUCUCCAACGGCUCCGAUGUCUCCAACGACUCUAUCGGUAUAAACGGCUUCGACGACUCCAACAGCUCCAAGGUAUCCGUCGGCUCCAACGGCUCCAACUUGUCGCUUACUUUAUUACUUUCAAUUGCCAGUUUUUUUGCUUGACUACGUUUGAAUUCGGCCAAUAUCAAAAAAUUAUUGAUUGAAAAAUAAGAAAAAAUUACCUUCUACUGUAUUUUACUUGCAACUUUUUCACGUUGACGUCCGAAAUUCUUGGCGUCAGUUACAGACUAUCAAAAAACUAUUCACUUUUUUCAGAAUUGGUUCGAAAAUGGCGCCAGAGGUCAAACGUUCCGUGCAAACAUCGUCGUUCACCGAAAUGGUACGAAAAUUAAAUAAUUGAAAGUUCAUCCACUGCUUUCUAAGUUAUUUGGAAACGUGAAAAAUGAAAAAGAAAACCCAACUCAGAUUUUGCCCCUUCCGAACUUUUGGAUGCCGACGAUCAUAAGUAGUUAUCGGUCUGGGGCGCCUUAUUUCGACCUAUGCGAGAUUAUCUUUCUCAAAGUUGGAGAGGACUAAAAUUGAUAUAUUGUUUAUAAUAAGAAGAAUUUCAAUAAUGAUUUUGAAAUUGGUACAUAUUGAAAUUUCGAAAAUCCAUUUCAGUGCAUUACUAAAAAAAAUCAGUAUAUAUUUUUCAGGAUGUUCAGGAAUGUUUUAUUUGGAACUCACUGAUUUAUUUUCAGCGAUGUUGGUCGGGGUGGUGAUCGACCGUCGAUCGAUCGGCGCCAGACAAAAGAAAAGUGAGUUCUGCGAAAAAAAAACGAUCUCAAUAAGUGGGAAAAUACAGAAAAUGGAUUUUUCAACUUCAGAAAACUAAGAAAACAUUCAAAAGCUUUUCUGUGUAUUUAAACAAUGUUUUUGCAGGGAUUUUGGACGGAGUAGUGAUCCACUACCGAAUGAAUCAACGACAGCCUGGUGAUCAACCAAAAAAACUUUUUAUGAAACGUUGUAUUUAUAAAAAAACUGUUUUUUUGUACAAUCUCUUCAUGUUGUUCUUUUUUGUGUAUGAGGAAAUAAUAAAGUUUGAAAACUUUCUGUCUUUUUUUCUUCCCGAAAAAAAUCUGUCGUUGUGGAUCAGAGAGAUGUUAUUUCAUUAUUAUUUUCAAAUGAAGCAUUUUCACAUCAUUGAACCGGUCCAAUAAAAAUUCAGAGCGAUUCAAAAUGCAGCAACAUCAUUGCACGACCUCGAGAUUUGUCUUCAUGCGUCAAAAUCGGCUCGGACCCAUCCGGCAGUUUUUCCGAAUUAACGGUGAGCCUAAAAGAUAAUUUUUUUAUCUAUUCCAUACUACAAAAAAAGUUGACUAAUUUUUUUGAAUCUCUUUUUUUCAGUCAUGAUGGAUGGCAUGGUAAUGGUCUUGGAAGCUUUGAAUCUCACGUCUGGAAUCGAAGCCCCAAAGAAGUGGGUUUUCACAAAAAGAUAGAAAUUCGUUUUGAAAAUGAAAGAAACAAAGUUCUCGAUUUCAAAACUUUCAUGGAAUAAUUCGAAGUUCCUUAUAUCCCCAGAGAGUAGUACUUAAAAUGAGAUAAUUUCUUGUAGAAAACGGCCCUUCUGACGAAAUUGGUCAGUUGGAGGCGAGGUUUCCGGCCGAGCUUCCAAACCGGCGUCCGAGUGGAGCUUUGACGACCUGCGCUGGUGGAAACCAUGAAGCGUCCGGGCGCUUGGCCGAACUUCCCAAUGGCGGCUGGGUGGCGCCGAGGUUUUUGUUCCUUUCGCAGAAGGAUGGUUCACGCAGUUUCCUGGUCCCCCAGAAGGCAAGUUCAUUUUAUAUGAAAACAUACAUUACGGAUUUUUGUGAUUUUCAGUCAAGAAAACCUGUUUUGAUCAUUUACAAUGAAGAAUAUAGAUUUGAGAAGAAAAAGUUGUGUUGUUCCAUUUUUUUAAAUUGUGAAUUUCGAUUUUUUUCUUGUCAAUGAAUCAUUUUUCGAAAAAGCUUGUGCGAAAGUCGAAACAUUUCACAAAACGACAAAUAGUCUGGUUUUUAGGGUUUCCUUUUUUAAUAGUAUCAUCAUUACAGUGCGGCCACUGCAAAAGUUCCGGGAUGCCUGACUGGAAGACGCACAACCGGUUCCACUGCAAGAGGCUGCAGGACCUGGCCCCCUGCAAAACUGGCGGGGCCAGCAAUGAAAACAAUCACACGGCGACGUGAGUUUUCCAGUCCAUUGGAUGUAUUAUUGUUUUGCGGUGAUUAUCACAUUUUUUAUUCUGAUUUCAGUUUUCUAGAUCAAAGAAAUAAUGAUUUUAAGUUUUCAGGCAGAAAUGUAUUUAAAACUCACUGAUUUAUUUUCAGCGAUGUUGGUCGGGAUGGUGAUCGACCACCGAUCGAUCUCCUUGUCUGCUGCGGGGACUUUCAGGUACUUUCUUUUAAUUUCGGGUUUUCCCGUUCCACAUGCGGGCUUUUUCAUGUUAUUCAGAAAACACUUUUUCAGUCAUUCUGGUGGAUAUGGUGAUCGGACACCAUCGGGUGGCCAUAUGGCCUACAGAAAAGUGAGGUUUACUAAAAAAAAAUAUGAUAAUUGAUGCAGGAAAAAUAAAUGAAGAGAUUUUUGUGCUUCAGAGUUUUGAAAAAAAAGAAUCUUUUUGAAUAAAGUCAACAUUUUUCAGUCAUUUUGGACGGGGUGGUGAUAAACCAUAAUUAGAAACAACGCAAAGUUGUUGACUCCUGACAGAACGGACACCAUCAACCGGAGUCAGGUUUGUGUUUUUCUCACAAUUUUCUCGCAAAUUUAGUCAAAAUGGGAGAAAUUUUAAUUAAUUGAAAGCAUCAUUAUUAUUUUGAAUUCCAGGCUCACUAUUUUGUCCUUCCGCCACAUUAACAACAACAGAUGCAGUUUGGACACGUUCCCGUGAGUUUUUCUUGCCAAAAAGUUGAAAAAAAUACUCGAUAAAGACUCUCACAAAAAGAAUAGAAAAUGCGAAGUCAUGCGACAUGUAUAAUACAUUCAGAAAUGUUGACUAAAUUUUUUGGUUCGAUAAGAAAAAUGGAAAAAUAAGAUAAAAACCCCGAGGGCAGAUGAUGUUAAUUCAUCAACUUUGUAGAGGUUAUUGAAUUGAAAUUCGUGUAGUUUUAGAGAAAAAGUUGAGCAUUUGAUGAGGAAAAUGACGAAAGGGAUUUUUCUUGAACUAAACCAAUUUUUUCAGAGAUGUUGGUAAGGAUGGUGAUCAACCACCGAAAAAAUCAUCCGGCCUUCGUUUCGCGCAGUGCCGCUGGAGUAGUCUUCUAUCCCAUCGAGGAGCUUAUUGUCAACAAAAAACAAAGUGGGCCCAGCCAGAAGUUGGACAUCAAGGUUCAGUUCUGUUGAAAUGCAGCGACAAGAUUUUGAAAACUUCGCAUUUUUGGUCCAAACUAGCAGGAAAAACUCUAAUUUCUGAAAUUUCUCAAGCUCGUAAAUUUAACCAAAAAGUUGAAGAGAAAAUAUAUGAUCGAGAGAAAAAAGUUUCGUUUUUUUUUUGUAAUACACUGCGUUCAAUAAGGAUAGGACCCCCCUCGAUUUUUGACUUUCUGGCAAAAUACGGAAAUAUAUUAAAAAUCUGCGAGUGCCAUUCGAUUUAAAGUACAAAAUAACCCCCAGAGCCAAACUUUCAUUAUCCUACCACUUUUCCUACGAAAAUGCCAUCGAAAAAACGGUUUUUCGACCGUUCAAUAAGGAUAGGACCCCCUGGAAAUUUUUGACUUUCAUUGGUAGUUUUUUGGUCAAUUUCUCUUUUUGAUCGAUGGUUUUUUUGUUCUCAUAUUAUUUGUUUUUCAAUUUUUUUCUACGGUUUUUCAGUUUUUGAUUGUUUCAGUGCAUCGUUUUUUUGGAAAAGUUUAGAAAAAGUUUUAUCAUUUAUUGAAUGAAUCUCUACAACUUUUUAUUGGGAAGUUCAAUUUUGUUCCAAGACGAGAAUGUACUAAAUAGUUACGGAGAAAAUGAAUAAAAAAGUGAAUAUUUUUCUUUCAGGGAUCUUCGUUGGGCUGGUAAUCAGUCGCCAGUCAGAACAAAAAAAGAAAAACGUGAUGCUGGGUUGUGGCCACGGCUUUUUUGACGCGAUUAAUUCGCGUCUAGCGGCUAUCGCAGGUCGCAUCGAAACACUGUGAGUUAAAAAUUUAGAUGCUUGAAGAUAUAAACACGGCUUUUUUUCACAAAACGACAAGUUUUCAGGUUUUUAGGGUUUUGUUUAUUAAUAGUAUCAUCAUUACAGUGCGGCCACUGCAGGAACCUCGGUAUGCCUGAUUGGAAGACGCACAACCGGUUCCACUGCAAGAGGCUGCAGGACCUGGCCCCUGCAGAACUUGCGGGGCCAGCAAUCAAAACAAUCACACGGCGUCGUGAGUUUUCCAGUCCAUUGAAUGUAUUAUUGUUUUUGCGGUGAUUAUCACAUUUUUUUAUUCUGAUUUCAGUUUUUCUAGAUCAAAGAAAUAAUGAUAAAUUCAAGUUUUUCAGGCACAAAUGUAUUCAAAAACUCACUGAUUUAUUUUUCAGCGAUGUUGGUCGGGAUGGUGAUCGACCGCCGAUCGAUUUCCUUGUCUGCUGCGGGGACUUUCAGUUAUUUUUUUAACUUCGGUUUUUUUCAUGCUAUUCAAAAAAACAAAAACAAGAUAAAAAAACUUUUUUUCAGUCAUUUUGGUGGAUGUGGUGAUCAGGCACCAUCGGGUGGCCAUAUGGCCUACAGAAAAAGUGAGUUAUACUAAAAAAAUAUAAUAAUUGACAUAGGAAAAAAAAAUGAAGAGCCUUUUUUUGUUUCAUAGUUUUUGAAAAAAAGGGAAUCUUUUUUUGAAUAAAGUCAACAUUUUUUUCAGUCAUUUUUGGACGGGGUGGUGAUAAACCACAAUUAGAAACAACGCAAAGUUGUUGACUCCUGACAGAACGGACACCAUCAAGCGGCGUCAGGUUUGUGUUUUUCUCACAAUUUUCCUGCAAAUUUUGUCGAAAUGGGAGUUCUUUAACGGAUUAAGAGCGCCAUUCUCAUUUGGAAUUUUAGGCUCACUAUUUUGUCCUUCCGGCACAUCAACAACUGCAGAUGCAGUUUGGACACGUUCCCGUGAGUUUUUCUUGCCAAAAAGUUUGAAAUUUCACGAUGAAGACUUUCACAAAAAAGAAUAGUAAAUUCGAAGUUAUAUGACAUGGUAAAAAUAAAUCCAGAAAAAUUGACUAAAUUUUUUGGUUCGACAAGAAAAAUGGAAAAAUAAGGUUAAAAACCCCAAGGACAAAUGAUGUUAAUUCAUAAAUUUUGUAGAGGUUAUUAAAUUGAGAUCCGUGUAGUUUUAGAGAAAAAGGUGAGCAUUUGAUAAGGAAAAUGACAAAAGGAAUUUUUCUUAAACUCAACGAAUUUUUUUAGAGAUGUUGGUAAGGAUGGUGAUCAACCACCGAAAAAUCAUCCGGCCUUCGUUUCGCGCAGUGCCGCUGGAGUAGUCUUCUAUCCCAUCGAGGAGCUUAUCGUCAACAAAAACCAACGUGGGCCCCACCAGAAGUUGGACAUCAAGGUUUAGUUCUGUUGAAAUGUAGCGACGAGGUUUCGAAGAUUCCUAAUUUUUUUGUCCAAACUAGCAGGAAAAAGUUCUAAUUUCUGAAAUUUCUCAAGCUCAUAAAUUUAACUAAAAAAAUUGAAGAGAACUAAAAAAAUAUAAAAAAAUACGAAAUCAUUUGACAUGAAAAAAACAAAUUUCAAAAAAACUCCAAAUUCUUUUGAAACCAAAGUAAACAUUUUCUUUCAGUGA